CUUGAGAACUGUUUCAUAACAAUAUCCGAGGCAACAAAACACAACCCACAAUAAAAGCAGACAAUGAAAAUUUUUGCCAAAAGAACCAAGAAAAAAUCCGAGGCAUCGUCGUCGGCACCGAGAACGGUGAACAAAUCUGACCCGGUGGUCGAAGAGCUUCUAAAAAAAGACGAAAGCGAAUGGAAUGCAAAAGAGAGACGAAUGGUCAAGCGAUAUCGCGACAGAAAGGCUGCGGAACAAUCUAUCAGCAAGGAAGACCACAUGGAUGAACGAGGCAAAAGCGCAACGUCAGUUGCGACACCACUCUCGGUGGAGAACGAGAAAUUAACAGAAAAGAAAGACGCACACAAAGAAGAGGAAUUGAAAGAAAAUGCUGCCGACGACAAACCACAGGAGAGUGAUAGCGACUGCAGCAGCUCAUCGAGCAGCAGCGACGACGAAAACGAGGAUCCAUCGGAAGAAAAAACCAACGGCAAGGAUGAUAGUGAUGAUGGUGCAUCGAGUAGUGACGACUCGGACUCCGAGGACUCUGCUAAACAGGAAGCCGAGGAAGAAUCGAAGGCAGUCCCAACUGAACCAGAGAAAAAAGAAAUUUCGACUUCUCCCUCUACAGCAGAAGACAAUGACGACGGCGAAGAUGACGGUGGAAAGGUCCCAAAGGAUCACGAGAUAUGGAGCGUUUUGGAUAAGCUAAACUCGAAACAGAAACGAACGCUAUCUCGAAAGCUUGAUCGUUUGGGAAAAGCAGUGCUGGAAGAGGUAGAGCAAGAAGCCAACAAAAUUCUUGACGAGACCAUGCCAAUAAAGAUUGAGGCUUUGAAUCCGAAACGCAAUCAAACGGAAGCAGCUGCUACGGACACGAAUAAAGCGGGAGAACCCGCCAAGAAGAAACGAAAGAAGGCGGCCGAUUGGAGUCAUCUGCCGGUAGAGGAGCGACUCCGGCGCGAGGAGCAGCGCAAAAAGCAGCAGGAGGCAGCCGAUAGAAGGGCUCGUGGAGAAGCUAUCACACCGGGCCACAAGCGUCCACUGAAUUCGGCUCGCCGGCGUGCCAAUCGCAGAAAGCCGAAAUGGGCGAGCAAAGCAUCUCCCGCUAGGGGAGCACCGGACAUUUCGGAUUACAAGCGAGAUCAUCACAGUUCGGGAUUUCACCAUCGCAAAAAUCGCGGGGCUCGGGCAGAGUAAGGAAAGAAAUGAAACCACGAAACAGCAGAAUAUCAGAAAUAGAGUACAAUGCCCUUCGAUUGAUUUGUUUAGGAGGAUGUAAUGCAUCCUGGUGACGUUGACUCCUCCAAGGCAUUCAAAAUACCAUCGUAGAUGCUUGUCAGUCCUAGCAUACUAAACCAGUUGGAAACACCAUGACCUGUUUGUGCAUAGCUUUGGACUGGGGAGCUCAUCGAUUUUCUUCAGAACAAGGUGCGUGCCCUUUCGUAAUAUUUUAUCUUUGCCGCACCCAUACUGUUGUCUUUCAACGCAGUGGUCAAUGAGGAUUCAGUUUUAAAACGUCUUAAUUAAACCUGUGGAAAAGUCCAUACUGUUGCCUUCCUUCCGAGAUCAAAAAGAAAGCUUCAAAAAAAUUGAAUGCUUUUGUGGAAAGCACGUAACCUUUCCAAUUUAUGUGAAGGCAAUAAUUUCUAACUCGGUGACACCUUUUUUCUUCUUUUUCGCCCUUCAUGUACUUUAUUAGUAGACCAAUCACUCGACUGAUUUCGACACAUUGCAUCCAUGCUCACAAGGUAUUGAUAUGACGUAGGAGACAUAUUGUGGACGAAAGCACUGUGCAAUGUUUAUCGAAUAAAAUUAUGACUAAAUA